AUGACCUGUGGUGACCUACUACUCUCUGCCCUUCGCGAUUCUCCUCGCCCCCCCCUCGAAUCAAUCUCACCCACCGACGUUGCCGCGCCUUUCGGCAUGAGAGGCAGCAAAGCCGGCGGGAAGGGCAAUGCGGUUGGCGUAUACCAGGCAAGCCGUUUGGUCAGUAAGGAAAAACCUACCGCCACCAAAACACCGCGUCCGGUUGCGGUCGCAUCGCCAGGAAAAGCAAUUGCGGGUGGUGGUGGCGGUUGUGGUGGCAGCAUGCAGGGCCAGCAAUGGCAUCUCCCGUCUCCAGAUGCACCAUGA